GUUGACGUGGGUCGUGUUUAUAUCCCGUCCCGCGUUGUUUUUGUCUCCCGCGCAAAAACGCAGAACGGUGUUUUCUCGCGGGAGGUUAAGAAUUAGGAGAGAACGACAGCACCCCCCUCCCCCCGCCGUUCCCUGAGUCUGUGCGUCGGAGUCGCGUCACCGUGUUGCGCUCCGGAUGAGCGCGAGCGCGCGGCAAUGGCAACGAUAGAAGUCACAUUCCCGUCGGACGGACCGCCCGGGAGAAUCCUGAAAUGGAGGGUACGCUCCGACACAAUGGUCGCGGCGGGCAGGAUACUCCUGCUGUACCAGAACGCGACCGCGCUGGCCGCGGACGACGAGGAGGCCAAGGAGCCCGAGAGGAAGCUGCGGGCCACGAAUUUCGGCCGUGUCAAGCAGCUCCUGGCCAAGGAGGGUGACGUCGUUCAACCUGGGCAAGUGAUAGUUCUACUGGAAGGAUGUACACAUCCCACUGUGAUGAUAGACUUGUGUGCAGAAUGCGGAGCCGAUCUGAGGGUGCAAGAGACCAGCAAAGAUGGAAACACAGCUGGAGUAAGUCAAGCCAGUGUGCCAAUGGUGCACAGUAUACCGGAGCUGAAAGUAUGUCCAGAAUUAGCGGAGAAAAUUGGGAAGGAGGAUGAGCAACGUCUUUUAACGGAUCGGAAAUUAGUGCUGCUUGUGGAUCUCGAUCAAACAAUCGUUCACACCACAAACGAUAAUAUUCCACCUAAUUUGAAAGAUGUUUUUCAUUUUCAACUAUACGGGCCAAACUCCCCGUGGUAUCACACCAGAUUAAGACCAAACACCCGGCAUUUUCUCUCGGAAAUGAGCCGUUUGUAUGAACUACAUAUUUGUACUUUCGGAGCAAGAAUUUAUGCACACACUGUCGCAUCAUUGCUGGAUAAGGAUGGAGUUCUGUUCUCUCACAGGAUACUUUCAAGAGACGAAUGUUUCGAUCCCGCAUCCAAAACUGCAAAUCUCAAAGCUUUGUUUCCAUGCGGCGAUGACUUGGUGUGUAUCAUAGACGAUAGGGAAGACGUGUGGCAAGGGUGUGGAAAUCUGGUUCAAGUCAAACCCUAUCAUUUUUUCCGUCACACCGGCGAUAUUAAUGCACCACCGGGUUUGGAGAAGGCUGACGCGUCGCGCUCGCCGGAGCCGACGAAUGCAGACCAAUCCUGUACAAAUGAUUUGCAAAAUAAGGACAGCAAGGAUGAUGCAUCUGAACUAUUAAAUGAAGCCGAAUCAUUGGUCAAUCCCUCUGUAGAAGAAACAAAUCCCUCUGUAGAAGAAACAAAUCCCUCUGAAGAAGAAACAAAUCUCUCUGUAGAAGAAACAAAUCCCUCUGAAGAAGAAACAAAUCCCUCUGUAGAAGAAACAAAUCCUUCUGUAGAGGAGACAAAUCAUGAGGAUGAGAAAGAUGAGACGAUUGAGAACGAGGUGAAAAAAACCAAGAAUGUAGAAGAUGAAGAUACCAAAGUGAACACUGAAGAAGAGAAUGCAGAAUCUAAUGUUCAGUCUGAUACUCUGAAAGAGGACGAUAAAACGGAUAAGGAAGAGACGGAAAUUAUACCAUCUGUGGAGGACAAGACAGACAAGGACAGCAAACAACCGACACCAAAGCAGGACAGUAAUAUAAUAGACGAAGAUGACGAUGAUUAUCUACUCUACCUGGAAGAUAUUCUUCGGAGAAUUCAUACAGAGUUUUACGCUACGUUGGACCAAGAGAAUACUCGAAAGUCUUUGCGGGAUAUAAUCCCGCGGGUUCGCUCUCAAGUCCUGAAAGGAUUAUACUUGACUUUCAGUGGCUUGAUACCCACUCAUCAAAAGCUUCACCAAAGCCGUGCAUAUAAGGUUGCGAGAGCGUUCGGAGCAGACGUGACUCAAGAUUUAACGGAGAAAACCACGCAUCUGGUUGCUAUUAGAAAGGGUACUGCGAAAGCGAAUGCAGCUCGUAAAGACGCAAACAUUAAAAUCGUAAAUUCGGAUUGGCUGUGGACGUGCGCGGAGCGCUGGGAGCAUGUGGAUGAACGCCUGUUUCCUCUCACGUCACAGGCGCGGGGAUCGAGGGUGCCGCCACCGCACUGUAGCAGUCCGGAACGCAUCGAGGAUGUAGAAAGCGAUAGUACAAAUUCCUUCGCCAACUCUAUCAAUCCAUUAAUGUCAUUCACUCAAGAGGAGAUUGAAUUUAUGGAUAAAGAAGUGAACGAGGACAUGGAAGAUAUGAUUUUUGAUGACGAAGAAGAUGCGGAUGAUACGGAAGAAUGUGGUACAAGGAUACGUCGUCGAAGCUCCGAUUCUGAAGAUUCUGCGAAUGAUGAAUUGGGCGUUUCAAGAAGAAAAAAGAGAAAGAUUUACAAUGGUAACUCUGAUAAGGGUUCUUCCAAGGAUAAAGACAACAAUCCUGACAGUGAUGACGAUGACAAUAACGACAGUGAUGACGACGAUCUUGUCGCACGUUUUAGAAGAGGAGGAGAAUUGCCCGAUGAUUUAGAUCUAGGCGAUAACUCACAGGACUCUGCGGAUGAUUUCGAAGAAGAGGAUAACGAAGAUGACAGAGAAUGGAAUGCGUUAGGUGCUGCGCUUGAAAGAGAGUUCCUUUCCGAGUGACAUGUUUGAAUAUUAGAAUUUUUAAUAUUUUUAUUGAAUGAUUAACUCAGGAUGUUUUACGUUAUUUAUAAAUUUCAAGUUCGAUAGCCGAAGCAGGGUUAUUGAUAAUAAUGAGCAUUAUUUGUACAUUAUUCUGAUAGAAUCAGAGAUAUUAACAAUAUUAAAAGAAUUUGAAAAGAAUAGAUUGAAAUAGCUAAUCUAAUGAAACAAGAACGUAUAAAAAUGAAUGGAAAAGAAUUCUGUGUAUAUCGAUCAAUAGGAUACUGAAUUUUAACUCAAAUUUUGCACACAUAUUUAAAUGCAUCAGUCGUUAGCCUUACGUGACAGAUAAAUAUAAGUAAUUAUUCUUCUUCAAGAGUAAUUUGUGGAUAGUACCGUAGCACUGUGAAUAACACAUGUGCCAUUGAACAUAAUAUUGUAAGGUUUUUUUCUCAUGCGAGAGAAAAGGUUGACAGCCGAUCUUUAUCUUUAUGUAUAUAAUAUAAAUAUAAUUAGAGAAUGAGAAUUUAUUUUCUAAUAUUUUUAGACCUAUCACAUUAACGUUGAUGAUGAGUAAGCUUUUGUAUUGAAAAUCUAGAAUGUAUCAGAAAAUUUGAAAAUAAAAAAACUUGUAGUACGUA